AAAAUUGAGGCUUCCUGGAACCAUCGUCGCCGUCAGAAAUGGCUCGACACUUGGCCACUGACUCUUAAAUACCCUACAAACUCCCAAUCCGUGUUCAUAUUUCCAAUUUUUCACCCAUUUCUCUUCAGAUUUGCUUCUAAUUUUUUCUGGGUCUUUCAUUUCUCAUCUUAAUCUUCUGACCCUUUUAAUUUUAUGGAUAAUAUCCUCGACGAUUUCCCCAAUUCCUUCAACAAUUUUCACUUCAAUCCCCAACUCUCUAAUGGGUUUCUCAAAAUCAACCGCGAAACCGUCGAUCCCCUCCAGAUUCCGGCGAAGCCGCAGCAAAAUCAGCAGCAAAUCAGUAAUAAUUCAUCAUCGUCGUCGUCGAUGUCGCCGUCGAGCUCCGAGGGAGACUCGCCGGACAGCCAAGACACCUCGAAUACGAUGCUGAAAUACAUCACCGAGAUGCUGAUGGAUGAAGGAGAGGAUCUUAAAACAAAGCCCUGUAUGCUUCUUGAUUGCUUGGCUCUUCAAGCUGCUGAGAAGUCUUUUUACGAUGUUCUUGGCCAGAAAUAUCCUCCUUCUCCGACAGGAAAUGGCGAUUCAGCUCAGGAUUUCAGCUCGGGUAACUCCUCUGUUCUUGGAUUGUCUGAAAAUUGUGUUGUGGGUCAUGAUUCGUUUGUUGGGAUGCAAUAUAUUGGGCAUUUUAGGCAAGGAGUUGAGGAAGCUAGUAAGUUUCUUCCUGUUAAUGGAACAUUUGGGACAAUUGAUUUGGAUAAUGAUUUGUGUGUGUCUGUUCCUUUUAAGGAUGUUGAUGUUUCUAGGAUUAGUGGGUCGUUGAGAGACAAGAAAAACCGACAGAGGGAGGAGGAGAGUGAUGGGGAGCUGAGAAGUAGUAAGCAGUCAGCUACUUUUGCUGAUGAUAAUUCACUGUCUGAUUUGUUUGAUGAGGUUCUGUUGUGUCGGGGCGAGAGUCGGCAGUCGCCGUGCGGUUCGGAUGAAUCGUCGGAGACCGAAGUGAAUAAGAAGAACUCGAGAGGGCGGAGAAGGAAAGGGAAGAAAACUCGAUCUAAGAAGCAAGAUAAUAGUGUGGGAGUUGUGGAUUUGUGGACAUUGUUAACACAAUGUGCUCAAGCUAUUUCGAAUUAUGAUCAAAGAACUGCUAAUGAGCUGUUGAAUCAGAUCAGGCAGCAUUCUAGUCCAUCUGGGGAUGGAAAUCAGAGAUUAGCUCAUUACUUCGCUAACGGUCUCGAGACUCGCCUUGCGGCUGGGACGCCUCUGUAUAUGCCAUUUGCAAGUAAUGAAACCUCGGCUGCUGAGAUCCUGAAAGCGUUUCAGAUGUUCAUUAAGGCGUGCCCGUUUCGGCGUAUGUCGUAUUUCUAUGCGAAUCGAACGAUUAUGAAGCUAGCUGAGAAAGAAACAACGCUGCAUAUCAUUGAUUUUGGUAUUCUGUAUGGUCUCCAAUGGCCUUGUUUGAUUCAGCGGCUCUCUCGUCGACCUGGUGGACCUCCCAAGGUUCGAAUCACCGGGAUCGAGCUUCCCCAGCCGGGGUUUCGCCCUGCUGAACGGGUUGAGCAGACUGGUCGUCGCCUUGCACAUUACUGUAAGAGAUUCAAUGUGCCAUUUGAAUACAAGGUCUUGGCUCAGAAAUGGGAAACGGUUAAAUACGAGGAUCUUAAUGUCAAUCGAGACGAACUGACUAUUGUAACUUGUUUGUUCCGACUUAAGAACGUACCCGACGAAACCGUGGUUGCGAACAGUCCACGAGACAGGGUUCUGAAGUUGAUAAGGAAAAUCAACCCAGAUCUGUUCAUUCAUGAAGUGAUGAAUGGCUCAUUCAACACUCCUUUCUUCAACACAAGGUUUAAGGAGGCAUUGUUUCAUUACUCGUCGUUGUUCGACAUGUACGAAGCGACAAUGCCUCGAGAUAUCCCAGAGAGGCAUCUAUGUGAGAAGGAAAUCCUAGGAAGAGACAUCGUGAACGUGAUAGCGUGCGAGGGGCUCGAGAGAGUUGAAAGGCCAGAGACAUACAAGCAAUGGCAAGUAAGGAAUACGAGGGCCGGGUUCAAGCAAGUACCAUUAGACCAGGAUCUGCUGAAGAAUGUGGAGAAGAUAGUGAACACAGAAUACCACCAAGACUUCGUGAUCGAUCAGGACGGGUCGUGGAUGUUGCAAGGGUGGAAGGGUCGGAUCAUCUAUGCGUUAUCGUGUUGGGUAGUCGCCUAAGAGGCCAAGCUUUGCAAGAUUUUGGAUCAUUCCUUUUUGAAGUUGUAUGCUAGUUAUGUAUUAUUAUGUAGCUUGAUUAUUGUUGGAAUUUUGUAUAUAAAUUUGCCUAUCCAUUUCUCACUCUACAUGUCUGCAACGAUUACGAAGCAUGCCGAUUGUUCGAAUGUAUAUCCAACGAUUAUCCGAGC